GUGUAGAUUUCGAAUCCCCGCCACACGUGAUAGUAUUGUUACCGUUGCUUUCGUAUACUAUAACUCAAUCGCAUCAAACAGAUCCCAAGUCUCGUCGGUUCAACGACAAGUCCGUGGGAUAACGCGGUAAACUCAGCAUAUCGUCAGUAUCGUAAGAACAUUCGUACCAAACGGAGUUAUCUGGUGAAGAAGUGAUAGCUGUAACUUUUUAACUAAUACACUCGUGAAGACAUCAUAGAAUUGUCAUUCAACAAACAAUCAGACAACAUGACAGCGGUACAACCUGUCCAAACCAACGGAAUAGUAAAAGGAUUUACGGCGAACAAUAAGGAAUUAGUAGAUGAAGGUGCAUAUUAUGUAAAGUGUUCAGAAGCUGGUCUCGAUGGACCCGACCAGGUUUUACCAGCAGAUAACUUUUAUGCUACCAAUCCAGAUGGACGCGUGAAAAUUAUAUUAGAAAGAGGAGAUGAAAUUAGGGCACCACCCAUAUCAGUUCCUGGAUAUUUAACAAAAUUAGCUAAUGAGCAUCCAAAUCACGUUGCUCUUGUUGCGAGACCCGAUACUAAACACAAAAAAUCAUACACCUAUAGAGAAUACGAAAAUGAGGUAAGAACCGUGGCGAAAGCUUUCUUAAAAUUGGGAUUACAACGGUACCACGGUGUCGGUAUUAUAGGAUUCAACAGUCCAGAAUGGUUCAUUUCGGACAUUGCUGCCAUAUAUGCAGGAGGAUUUGCCGUCGGAAUAUACACUACAAAUACUCCUGAAGCAUGUCAACACUGUUUAGAAGAUAGCAAAGCUAAUAUCGUAAUUGUCGAAGAUGCCAAACAGUUGGACAAAAUAUUGAAGAUAAAAGACAAUUUACCAAAUUUGAAAACAAUCAUCAUGUAUGAUGAUAUGCCAGAAGAAGAAGGUGUUCUCAGUUGGGAAAAUUUAUUGAAAGUCGGUGAACAAGAAUCCGAGGAAAAAUUGAAUGCAGUCUUAAAAACAAUUGCAGUAAACGAAUGUUGUACCUUGAUUUAUACGUCGGGUACAGUUGGAAAGCCAAAGGGUGUGAUGUUAAGUCACGACAAUCUUUUGCAGGAUGCUAAACAUAUCAUUGGCUUUUUGAAAUUAGACAAAAUAAAAGAGGACGUUCUGAUUAGUUAUCUACCACUAUCUCAUGUUGCAGCGCAAGUCGUCGACAUAUAUGCUGGCAUACUCUUAGUCAGCACAGUGUAUUUUGCAAAUAAAAAUGCCCUUAAAGGUGGCUUACUUGAGACUCUACUUCUAGCACGACCUACACUUGUGUUAGGUGUACCUAGAGUAUGGGAAAAAAUUUAUGAAAAAAUGCAAAUAGUUGCGCGUAGCAAUGGAUAUGUUAAAACAAUGAUUGCCUCUUGGGCUAAAUCGCAUGCUCUUUACUAUAAUAUGAAUAGAGUUAGUGGUAAUUCUACUAAGGGCUGGGGAUACGUAUUUGCCAGAUGGCUGGUUUUGAGCAGAAUAAGAGCAGCACUUGGUUUAGACAAAUGUAAACUGUGUUUCUCUGCUGCCGCACCUUUAUCUGUUGAAAUACAAAAAUAUUUCUUGAGCUUAGACAUACCUCUAUUAGAAGCAUAUGGAAUGUCUGAAUGUAGUGGUGCGCAUACUGCAAGUUUAAAUGAGUCUUUCAGGCUAGGUAGUGUUGGUUUAACUUUAUCUGGAUUUCAUACAAAACUAAAUAAUCCAGACAGUAGCGGUGAGGGAGAAAUUUGUAUGCGUGGUAGACAUAUAUUUAUGGGAUAUCUAAACGAGCCCGAGAAAACUAAAGAAACAUUAGAUGAAGAUGGAUGGUUGCAUAGUGGCGAUUUAGGUAAAAUUGAUUCAGACGCAUUCGUAUAUGUGACAGGAAGGAUGAAAGAGCUAAUCAUUACUGCUGGUGGGGAAAAUAUAGCACCGGUUCCUGUAGAACACUUAGUAUUAUCGGAGUUACCUACUUUAAGCUACGCUAUUUUAAUUGGAGACAAAAGAAAAUACCUUACUAUGUUGGUUACUCUAAAGACUGAAGUAAAUCUUAAUACUGGCGAACCGAAAGAUAUAUUCACAGAAGAGACUUUACGCUGGUUAAAAUCUAUUGGAAGCACAGCAAAAACUGUUUCAGAUGUCAUAACAACGCGAGAUCCCCUGGUGUAUGGCGCAAUUGAUAAAGCAAUUCAAAAUGUAAAUUCUAAAGUGAUAAGUAAUGCGCAUAAAAUACAGAAGUUCCAAAUUUUGCCUCACGACUUGUCGAUUCCUACUGGAGAAUUAGGACCAACUUUCAAAAUUAAAAGAAAUAUUGUUUAUAAAAUGUACGAAAAUCUGAUAGAAGAUAUGUACAAGUAAAUAUAUACAUAAAGGUAAAGAAUAUUUCAAUAGCAUCAGGAAAAAAAUUAUCGAUUAACAAUCGAUAUAUGUGCGUCAAAUGCCCUAAUACUUAAAAUAAUGUGGUAUCACAUAAUGAAAGAAACUUAAGGGAAAAGUAUAAUGAAAUUUCAUAACUAUGUAAGUUUGUUAUUUACAUUAUCUAUAUAAAUAGCAAUUUUCUAAUUACUUUUAAAAAAAGUUCACUUUAAGUAGCACUAACUAUAUAUCUAAUGAAAAAUUUUAUUUUUCCAUUAUAUUAUAAGAUGCAUACAAGUUAUUUUAUAAUGUUUGCGUGGAAAUAUGUAUUGUAUAUAAAAAUUUAUAUAUUGAAUAUAUAUAGCAUAAUACAACUUUAUAGAAGAAAUUUGAUAUAUCUUCUGAUAUAAAGUUUAUUAUAAUAAAAUUGUUCGUUAUCAAUACAAACAUUUUUUGACAAUAAUAUUUGCACUAUCUGUUAAUUGUUAUUGAAUCGACUAUGCAAUUAAAAAAAAACUGUUUAACUGAUCAAAGUAUAAUUAGUGCCCUUGUAAGUAAAAUAUUAUCACAAUCAAUAGUAUAAGUAUGAAUGGU